GUGUGUAUAUGGUCCUCAAGUAUUUCUGACAAGAUUUGCUGGUUUUUCAAGUUUUACAGUAUGGCACUUUGCAAAUCUGCUAUGGCUUUUUCACAUGAAUAAUAACAAGCUUUGGUGAAGCACUAGGAAAUGCUUUGUCGUGCCUGUUUAGAAAAAGUGGAUUAGUUAUAAGACUCCGUAACAAUGAAGAUUGUAUUCUGCACUACCUAAUUAUGUCAUCAAAGACAGAAAUAAUUAACUUUUCCUUUUUGUUGGAACAAGAGAAGAAAACUAUUUUAUCAGUAUUAGAGAGAGACGAUCGGCUAAAGAAGGCAGAUGAAAAACGAGUGAGGAGAUUAAAAAAUGAACUUCUGGAAAUUCAAAGAAAAGGAAACAACCGUCACCAGCUACGUCAGCAGCAGAACUCGAAACUUUGUGUCCGAUGCAGGAAGAGUCUAGGAUUGAUCUUUAAUCGGGGAAGCCUCUGCCAAGUCUGCCAUCUGCGGGUCUGCAAAGCAUGUCGAGUGGUUGUAAAAGAUGGCAAAUGGAAAUGUACUGUAUGUGCCAAAAUAGCACAGCUAAAGUUAACAACAGGUGAUUGGUUUUGUGAAGAACGCGGCAAACGUUUCAGGAUUGGCACUGUUUAUGGAAGCGACAUAGUCCGAAAAUCUCUCUUAAGAAAGAUACCAGCGGUAAGCAAACCUGAUGAAGAGGUAGGAGAUUCAGGCAAACAGGUCCCAGCAAAUGUGCAAAAUGGGAGUGUUUUGGAGAACAAAUCUGCAAAAGGAGAUGAUGGAAGAAGCAUUAGAUCAGAUAUUGAUAACCAAAGCUUGUACAGCAACAGGUCAUUGCCUCGUAGUGACAGGAUAAGCAGUUUAUUUGACAAAGUGACUGGAAAGAAAGCAAAAAGCAAAGAGGAUGACACUCUGAGCUUACAGAGCGUAAGAUCUGAUAGGAAAGCUAAAGUGAUUGUUCACUCAGAUUCAUCACAAGCAGAUCUCACCGAACAGGAGAACACUGACAAGAUAAGUCAAGCCAGCUUUAAAGUUGAUGUGCUUUCUCAAUCCAGACCUGGUUCACCUGUUUCUGCAAGAGGGAGUGUGGAUUCCUUGGAUGCUGGUGUUUCAAGUCCCAAUCCCAAAGGCAAUGCACCAUCUUCUUACGAAAGUAGCAGCAUAAAUGUCAUUGGUACAUUACCUUCAAGGCAGAGCUCCCCAACUCCAAGGAAGCUCAGUGCGGCUUCCAAUAGUCAUUCGCGCUCUGGUAUGCAAGAUGGCAUUAAGACAAGUUCCAGCAUACCAGAAGACAUUUCAAAGGGGCAUGAAAGACGAGUUUCUGCUACUCCUUCAUUAGUUAUAUCCAGAGCAUCCUUAUCAUCAGGUCACAGCAAAUCUGAAUUUGAUUUAAGUGGCAACUUCACAGACGAAAACCUGGAAAGCAUAAGCGUGAGGAGCAAAUCUGUCCCAGACCACUUAGAUAAGGAUUCUGAAUACCUAGAUAAGAUUGAUGAAGAUUUUGAUGAUUUGGGGCCAUCAACAAAUAUGACAAAAUCAAUGAAUGCUCACACAUUAUCUGACAGGAAAUGGACCCACUUAAAUGUCCCUGAUGCAGAUGCUGAUACAAGAAGUCUUACCAGCAUAAGUCUUUAUAGUGAAACAGGAGACUACGGGAACCUCAGGAUCACAGGCGAAAUCCUACUGAACAUAAAUUAUAGCUACAAAACUGGCGCAUUAAAUGUUGUAGUAAAGAGCUGCAGAAAUCUAGCAGUUGCAGAUGAAAAGAAGAACAGGACAGACCCAUAUGUCAAAGCGUAUCUUCUCCCUGACAAGUCACGCCAAAGUAAACGCAAGACGAAAAUAAAGACGAACACAACUGAUCCAGAUUUUAAUGAAACACUCAAGUACGUAAUCAGUCACACACAACUGGAAACAAGAACUUUACAGCUGACUGUGUGGCACAAUGACAGGUUUGGACGUAACAGUUUCUUGGGUGAAGUAGACAUUCCCUUGGAUUCUUGGAAUUUUGAAAACCAAGAAGAUGAAAGUUUCCCACUGCAACCCAAGAUGGACCUGGCAUCUGAUGUCACUUUACAGUAUAAGGGAGAAAUAACAGUUGGUUUACGUUAUGUUACUCCAGAGAAAAACCUGACUCUUCCUUUAGAUAAAGUUACAGAGAAAAAAAGUUUUAAGAAAUCAAAGAAAGCAAAUAUUAAAGUGCCAAGUGGAGGACUGGUAGAAGUGUUUAUUAAAGACGCCAAAAAUUUAACUGCAAUGAAAUCUGGGGGUUCGUCAGACACAUUUGUCAAAGGAUAUCUGCUGCCAGAUAACAACAAAUCAACAAAGCACAAAACACCAGUAGUAAAAAAGUCAGUUAACCCAGAGUGGAAUCACACGUUCACUUUUAGUGGUUUGCAGACAUCUGACCUAUCGAAUGUCUGUGUAGAACUGACAGUGUGGGGCAAGGAGUCUUUGACUAAUAACGUAUUUCUUGGAGGAGUCUGCUUGGGAUGCGGCAGUGGUGUAAGUUAUGGUGAUGUUGUAGACUGGAUGGAUUCUCAAGGGGAAGAACAAUUUCUGUGGCAAAAGAUGAUGGAUAGUCCAGGAACUAUGGUUGAAGCAACACUAAUGCUACGGCCGACCAUGGCAAAGAAGAAAUACAAUAGUGUGAAGGCUUAGACACUCAGCAUACAGUACUGAAACUGAUUACAAUUUGAACUCAGAAGCAAGGUUGCUGUUUUUCCAUUAAGACUUGUUUAAACCUUUGGCUGCUGUUAGUACUGUAAUUAAGCACAUUUUUAGGUGGAAACACAGAACAUGUAUUAUAAUGCCAGUGACGCUUUUUACAAGACCAUUGUGUGUUGCAUUUAACAGGAAUAAAGAUACUGUUAAUUUGCAGCACCCCAACCUUGUAUAUAAUACCUCUGCUUAAUAAUGUCUUAAUUAUGAAGCCAUUAGCAUGGAGUUUCACACACAGAGAGAUGUCACUUAUAUAGAAAUUCAUAGCAUUACUGUGCAACAGAAAAUUCUGGAAUACAAAUUAUAAUCUUUAAUGGCACGACAAUGAAGGAUAUUAGUCCAAUAUCGUAAACUACCACACUUCCUCGCCUUUCCUUUGAUUCUCCAGCCUGGUGGUGCAGAUCCCAGAUGGUCGGCACACGUCAGUUACAUAAAAGUAGAUUCUUAGAAGAGAGUUGCACAAACACCAAUUUUGUUGCCGGUGAGGAGCUUACACCUUUUUUUAUUGUCACCACCCGUGCAUCAACGUUUUUUUUGGGGGGGGGGGGCGGUUCACCCUCUCUUUAUCAGGAUAAAAACACAAGUGCUACCAAAGACAUUUAAAGCCUAGCUUAACACAAUUACCCAUAAUUAUCAGAGUGCUUUGUGAAUCCAUAGUGAGGCUUGACACUCAAUUCCAUCAUGUUACAAGUCCAUUGUCCAGAAAUGAUAUACAGACACCUGUACAAACACAUUAAAGGGGCAAUCUACCCCAUUGUUCAACAUGAGUGCAAAGAGUAAGGAUUGUGCUAUUUUUGAUUGUUUUAAUCAAGUAAUCAAGUAAAGCUGGAACAUACUCCAUGUUUGAUCCCUAGUUACUAGUGCACAGACAAUCUGACUCCCUGCUUAUCUGUAGGUCAAGACAGUGGGGGAAGGGAUGGUGUAGUGCACUGGUAAUCUAAUCUACCUCACAAGAACCAAACGUGUAGUUUGUCUCUUUGUUUGCCAUGUUUAGCUCAAGGAAUAACAAAAACCAUCGUUUUUUUGUAAUUAAAACAAUAGACAUAAAGUAUGUUUAGGACAAGGCCUAAUCAUUGCACUCAUGUUGAAUAAAAUGGUAUUUUGUCCCUUUAAAAAAAAGAAUAAUUUGAUGUUUCUGUGAUUAGCACUACAUCUGUAAGUAAGUAAUGGAUAACAGAUAUAAAAGUAUAACUGACAAAUGAUGCAUUUUGCUUACCCAGUCAGAAGCUAGUUUCAUAACCCAAAUUAAUAUUUCAAUCUCAAAGUUAUUCUAACUAAACUGAUUUGUUGAAAUUUGUUUUUUAACCGCAUUUUACAGAUUAUGUAUCGUGGUGGUAUCACAAAAGAGGAUAAAAAGAGGGCUAGCCAGUCUUAGGUUCAAAGAGCGGGAUCUGCUGUAUCAUUUUCCCCUCUCCCCGGCCCCUCUCGUACCUUGUACUGGCAAAAAGUAGAAAUGUGCCACAAGCAGGUAGGGAUUGGAGCAGGGGAGGUACAAAUGGUUUGUAAUCUUAACACAUAACCAACCCUACCUUUGCAAAUAAUGGUAUAAAUAUUUAUAAAGGAAGGCUAGUAUUUAUUUUUUCAAAGCAGAAACCUUAUCUACAGUCCAUAAAUAUUAGGCAAUUCCUGAAAUUUUUGAAAUGGAGUACAUUUAGGCAUUACAGUAUUCGUUACAUAAAGCUUCCAGUGCUGCAGCUUUUGUUUUUUCCAGUAAUAGCACGGGUGGCCUAUGUGUUCGGGAGGAAAAAUAUGAUUUGAUUCACUUUUGCCAAGUAGGCAUUUUUUAACAUAGCCUUUAAAUCAAUCUGAAUUUUUGUGUUAGCCAAGGUAUUUUAUUUCUUUUCCAGCACGUUAAAUGGAAACAUCACAAUGUGUCAUUAAUGGCAAAAGCACAGUAGGAGAAAACUGACAUUUGGUUAUAUCUGAGUGCCAUAUUUCCCAACCAAAUAAUGAUGGCUGUUUACCCCUGUUGAUUACAAAAGCCUCAGCUACUCAUUUUCACAUUGAGAAAUCAGUUUCUUAAUCUUAAAUUAUCUAUGUAUUGAAAUGAAUUUUCAAUCAAUUAAUUUCAGUGUACAGUAUAUUAUCUAAUAAUAUCCUUUAGAAAACUAGAUUUUUUUUAUUAUUGUAUAUUAAUGUACUAACAGGAGAUGUAUCAUUCUCAUUUUGCUUUCUGCUGCUUUUUAAAGGACAUGUUAAAAAAAACAUUAUGCAUCACAUAUAGCUGGUAUAUACUUACAAGUAUGCACCAACUCCAACAUUGUUUACUAUAUAAACCCUUGGCCCUGGGUGUCACACAAUGAUGCCUAGAGUAGAAGGGCUUAAAGCCAGAUUUGUCGCUGUACAUUUAUUUAAUAAUUAUACUUGAUCAAAGAAGUUCAGCCAGAUAUGGGAAGCUAUUAUAAGCGGCACUACAUAGACAGGAACUUAUGCCCGUUCUGUUUAUUGUAUUGUUGACAUAAGGCUCACAUAGAGUUUGCCUUUAAAGGGGCAGUUUAUCUUUAAAAUAUUUUUUUUGCUUGAUGUAAACAGUAAUUUUCCAAGAAGAACUGCAGUCAUAAAUAUAAAAUGUUAUUUGGUUAGUGACCCUGGGAACCAGAAAGCUGCAUUUUUAUUGUUAUUAGUAUUUAUUUUCACUAAUUUUUAUGCUCAGACUACGUCCUAUUAAUCUUCCAGUCUGCUAUUCAAACCACGGUCUGGUUACUAGGGUAUCUGGUUCAAUUACACUGUUUACAUGAAUCUAAAAUGUAAGUUCAAGGUAAACUGCACCGAUAAGCUUAUGAAUUGCUGCCUGAGCUGAGUGCUAAAAAAGCCAUACUGAUCCUAGUUUGGGAACUGAUCCUGUUUCUAGAAAGCUGCCCACAUAUGAGAUGCUGGACAAUUACACCAACAAUAAAUCUGACAUUUACAAAACUGUACCAUAGAUUUUUUUUUAUUGCAAUUUCAUUUAUGUUAAUGUGAAGUAGUUCAGUGCAUUUCAAAAUAAACUUGUCAUUUUAAAUCUCA